CUCCCUCAUUUCCCCUCCAUUUUGCCUCAAGCUAAUUUCCUUCCAAUGGAACUUGAUCCAAGUAAUAAACAAGACCUUUCCUUUCACCCAAUUUUUGUGCCUAAUAACAAUAGCCUCAAACCAGAAUUGGAUGAUGAUUUUUGCAUAGACUCUAAAGAUUAUUUUCAAGAUUUUCAGCACCUUGAUCUUAACUUUUCUCUUUCAGGAGGAGUACUACCUAACUAUACCUUCAACAACACUGAAAAUUUUAUGAUUGAUACCAAUGGUUAUGACCCCUUUGAUCCAUUCUCCAAUGAGGAUAAUUUUUCUUCAUUAGGAGAUUUUAACUUUAGUUAUGAGCUUAAACCAUUUGAUGAAGAAAAUGGUAACACAAUCAAGGAGAAUCCUAUGGAUGUUAAUUAUACGUACAAUGGUUGUGAAGAUGUGAAGCCUUUAAACUUUGUUGUGCCUGAUCAAAGUUCAUCAUGUGUCACUAAUGGUUCUAAUUGCAAAUUAGAAAUUGGUGAAUUAAGAAAGAAUAAGAAGGUGAAAAGAAAUGAUCAAAGCUGCUUAUUAUCUUCAUCAAUGAAAAAACUAGGUAGAGGGAGGAAUAAGAAGUCUAAAUCCGCCAAAGGACAAUGGACGAUUGAAGAAGACAGGCUUUUGAUCCAUUUGGUAGAGAAGUUUGGAGUUAGAAAAUGGUCUCAAAUAGCACAAUUGCUCAAAGGGAGGAUAGGCAAGCAAUGUAGGGAGAGGUGGCACAACCAUCUCAGACCUGAUAUAAAAAAGGAUUUGUGGACAGAGGAAGAAGACAGAAUCCUAAUAGAAGCUCAUGCCGAAGUGGGAAACAAAUGGGCAGAAAUUGCAAAGAGACUUCCUGGAAGAACUGAGAAUUCAAUUAAGAAUCAUUGGAAUGCAACAAAAAGAAGGCAAUUUUCAAGACGAAAAUGUCGUACCAAAUGGCCAAGGCCUAGUUCUCUCCUCCAGAAUUACAUCAAAAGCUUGAAUUUGGAAAAGGAAGCAGCAAAAAAAAUUCUCAAACUUGCAAUGCCACAAACUCUAGUGCCAAAGUAAAGGUAUCGACUAAGCCAGAAGCCACUGAUCAGUUUUCCCAAGGGAAUAUGGAGCAAGUUCGUGAUUUUGAUUUCAGUGAAGUCCCAGAAUUUGCAUUGGAUGAUAAAUUUUUUGAAGAGAAUACAAUGAAUUCUUUUAUGGAAGAUAUGCAUGUUGGUCCUAAUUCCAUUAUGGAGAAAUGCAUGGGUUUGGAGAUUAUUCCUUAUGAACUCAGGCAAGGUGAAGUCAGUAACAAGGAGAUUGACUUGAUGGAAAUGAUUUCUAGAGUUAAUCCAUAGAUAUUAAUUCCUCAUCGAGAAAUAUAUAGAUACUUUUUUCAAGAAAUAUGUGGUCGUGUUGAAAUGUUAAGUAUAACAAAAAUAACUAGCGUUAAAUAUUACUAGUAGUAGUGUUCUCUCGAGUUAUUUUGUGCUAAUUGUACCAACUUUAUGUAGUGAAAGACUUGGUCUAGUCUAAGUAAUACGAUGCGUAUUUCUUUGGUUAGACCAUGCAUCA